GAAGAACAAUGUGAUGAUAAUUUUCAAGUGGAAGCCUGGAUUUUGCACAAUCUGUGGAGAUAACAGAGGCACAGAGAUUGAGGUACGUGAGGUUGCAUUCGACCAAGAUAUGGUGAUAACAAUCGUGAGAACCAGUUGUGAUAAAGCCACGUGUAAGUGGGGUUGCAUGUGAUGUUGGAACUGGUUGUAAUCACAAGCUCCUUAUCGUUAUCAACAAAGAAGAAGAAAAAUCCAUCAACUUUGCAAGCAAGAGGAGAAUGGCGUUGAUUCAUGUGGCAGUGUUGAACACCUCCUUCCUCUGGAAACAGCCAGUCCUGAAGGCAUUCCCGAAUGCUAACGCCAUGUUUGGUGUGAAAGGAGGAAGUGGGGGUCGUGUGAGUGCCAUGGCCAGUUACAAGGUGAAGCUGAUCACACCAGAGGGAGACAAAGAAUUUGAAUGCCCAGAUGAUGCUUAUAUUCUUGACCAGGCUGAGGAAAUAGGCAUUGAUCUUCCCUACUCAUGCAGGGCUGGUGCUUGUUCUAGCUGUGCUGGCAAAGUUGUGGCUGGCCAAGUAGACCAAUCAGAUGGUAGUUUCCUUGAUGAAACUCAAGAGAGUGAAGGCUUUGUUCUCACCUGCAUCGCUUACCCCACUUCAGAUGUUGUUAUUCUCACUCACAAGGAGGAGGAACUCACUGCCACUGCUUGACUCACUCAGUUUCUUCCCUUCUCAACCUCAUCAUCUUUUUUCUUUUCUGUCUUGUGCAAUUUUCUCAGGAUUUUACUAUAUAUAUCAUGUUUCAUUCUUUGUUUUAUGAUCGGCAACUUAUCACGAAAUUUUUUGCCUUGAUGCUGACUUGCAUUGUAGCUUCUUAUCUCAGUUGUUAUAGAUGAUGAUUUCAUGCAUUGUGUGGCCAAAGUUUUUAACCUUCAUAUCACUUAAAAAUGAGAGAUGAUAUCUGAUUGUGUCUGCUGCAUUAGGUAGAUUCCACUUGUGAUAAAAGAAUUGAAGCAGGCUAAGGAUAUGGAAUGGGAGGCAUUAGAGAAAAGAACAUCAUUGUAGUUGAAUUCCUUGCCAAAAUUAAGGAAUGAAGUCAAUCAAAUGCAAAUGGUUAUAUUCACACUUUUGUGUUU